GUGAAAUUAUUUCUGCCAUAACGCGCGAUCCGAUGCCCUCACGGCAAGAUAAGCUGCUACGCAUCAAGCUGCCCAACGUCCGACGCCGCUGGAGCCGCGUCGACGGGGCAGGCCUGUUGGCUCUGGUUGUGGUAGGCGUGCUGUAUUGCUGGUGGACAAUUGGUGGGCAGUGAUGAACGAGCUGCCCAAGGUUCGGCGCCACUGGUGCGAAACGCUUGCUGACCUGCUAAUUUUGGUGGUUGUUUUAUUACCUUUCUGGUUCCUCGGACAGUGAUGCUGCCCCUGUGGUUGCUGCUGCCCCUCGUCGAUGGCGUCAGCCAGAACGUCUCCGACUACUGCAAAGAAAUGCAAGCGCGCCGCCCGCAGCGGGCCAAUGUCAUCCUCGCGCUGCGCGGCGAGAGCUUCCGCAACGGCGCCGGUCAAGCGACGAUUCACACGUGCUGCCCAAGUUCGUACGCGCGGCAGCGCGAAGUCUUCGCGUCGCACAAGGCAUUUAUCGAACAACUCGCGGCGCGCGGCUUCGGCACGACUCGUCUCCUAGCAACAACAUACUCGUGCAGUCGCGGUCAGAACUACACCGAGGACUUGCGGCGGUGGUACGCGCCCUGGCUUCAGAGGGAAGCAGACUGGAAUGUCCUGCCGCACUCGGCCAAGUCCUACUCCCAGCACAAACGCGACGCCAUGGCCAGCCUACGCAUGCCGUCGAACCACCUCGCCGAGCUGCAGGCGGACCGGCCCGGCCUGAUGACCCAGUCCAAGGUCAUCGACGAGCUCCUGGGCCGCGUGCGACCAAUCGUCGAGGCGACGCCGCCCAAACUACUGGUCAUGCUCCGCUUCGACACCGCCAUUCACGUGAAAAACUGGGCGCUCUUCGACGAGUGUCUCGGCUCGGGCCCCCUGGCCGACUUCGCGUCCCACGAUAUUUUGGACCUCAUACCUGACAGUUAUGCCCCAUGCUUCAGUGCAUGGGACGACGUGCAUGAUAACCUCGGAGCGGGGACGAUGGUGAAGGAUAUGCGGCGCAUGUUCCAGCUGCCGCCGGAGCGGCGGGACUGCAUCGAGAAUAUUCAGCUGCGGAAGCUGACGGGCACGUGCCUCGAGGACGACUCGUUUCCGGAUAGGGCGUGGUACAAUCGCGGUCACCCUAAUUAAUUG